UCAACGCUGCUAUGCAAGCUUUGUUGUAUGACAAUACUGAAGCUAUUAAAGGCAUUUUAAGACAAGAUUGUUUUGCGGAUUACAUCUUCGCUUCGGUGACGGAUGGUCGUGCGCGACUUUCUGCUUGGAUUCUGUUCCUGCGAGCCAGAGCUAUCGUACAAGAAAUGAUAAAGUUACUAGUUGAGAAAUCGCCGCCACAUAUUCUUGACCUGCUGACUACAUGGGGAUACACGCCUUUAGACUAUGUUUGUGAAUAUAAUAGCCCAGAUGUUGUUCAGUUUCUCUUGUCACAAGGCAGUAGUUUGGACUCAAAUAAUUCCUUAUGAUUUCCUUUAUUCCGUGCUGUACACAAUCCCGUGGCAGAAUAUGCAACGUCAAUUGCAACUCUACUUGUAGACGCUGGU